AUUUCAUUCCCAAUUUUAAAUUUUUUACGAAUUUCUAUUCAGUUUCAAACUUACACAUCAACAGACGUGUCAAUAUUUCUAGCAAAUAUCGUCAAGUUUAUCUGCUGUGCCAACUUAUAAUUGAUCAUUUAUAAGGUAGACCCCUGUUCCAUUUGUUUACGAAAUUAACUUUAAAAAUUUAUAUUUUUUAAAAUUAUUGCGAUUAUAAAAACAAUCCCCACCCCCCCUGGAGAUAAGUUUUGACUAAAAAAAUGACUACGACCCCAAUGAAUAUCCUCACCAUCAUUUUGGCUUUUUUGGCCGUUUGCUGUAAUUCCCAGUCAGACAAUAACCCCGGCGCUUCUUUGGCGAAACUGCAAAUCUCACCGGAACCUUUGAGUUCCAUGGAUUACGGCAACUUUCUCGUUGAGAUUUACGAACACGCCAAUAAUCAAAAAUCAACUGACGGCCAAAAAAAAUAUUUCUACUCUCCCAUUGCGCUAUUGGACCACUCAAGUGCCAUUAGUACUUACAAUAAAUUUACGAAACAGCCAGAGAUGAGAUUCCGCAUUGAAAUGUGGAACGACAAAGUCCAAAAUGAAGUCGUCAAACAUUUGAACGAAAGCGUCGGUCAUCAAAUCAAAUCUAAUCAAGUUAGAGUCAUUCCCUUGGAGAAGGUCAUUAUCGCCAGUGAAAUACCCACAGCUGAUUAUUUUCUAUCUUCAUUAUGGAAGAAAUUUGACAGAAGCAAAACCCUUUGGUUUUCUCUGACUUGUUAUGACCAGAAAAUCUGCGACGAACUGGCCGAUCAAAUGCGAUCCGAUCCCAAACAUUUAGACCAUUUCAAACUCUUGUACAGUUUGUCAUCGCAGACGUCGCAAACCAAACAGACGACCAUCAGCAUCGACAGCGUCACUUCCGGUCAAAUGGUCUCGACUCUUUUGCAGAAAUUUGAAGACAAAAAAGAAAUUUUUCUGACGGCCAACGACGAGAAGAAAAUGUUGACGGAAACGGCCACCAACAUCCGAAUGGACACAUUUGACGACUACGAGGUCGGAUCUCCUGACACUGAAUUGCUGAUUAUAAAUAAUUUAAAGGAUUUGUUGGGUGUGUCAAAGAUAACAAUCAAAGAACAAGGUGACAAGAUGUGGGACUCUGUUUUUUGGAAUGAGGAAAAUUACCGGCCGGACAAGACGACGAAAACUUUAAAUGAAAUUCUCAACAAACUGGACAGGGAAACUCGAAAGAAAUUGGCGGACAUGUUUCAGAAAGCGGAGAGGCAAUCUGAAAUAAUAAAACAAGUAACUUCAAAAGAAAAAAGACGAGAGGAGCAGCAUCUCAUUGUUAAUGUUAAUCAGAAAUGGGAACUUGCAAAGAAUUUUUCAGAUGAAGAAAAUAAAAAUUUAGAGAAUAAAGAAAGAAUCCAACACAAUUUUAACUCAAAUAGUUGGACUGACGUGGACCGAAUCAUUUCAGAGAUAAUGGCAAAUAAUUCGGAUGGUUCCAGCCAAGUCGAAAUUUCGAAGGAAGAGUUGGAAGUUUUAUUAAAAGAAAGUAGAAAUCACGUCCAAUGGGACGGAGAGAAAUUUAUCCCAAAAGCAAUUCAACUCACCCGAAUCAAUUUGGGCAAAUUUCGUGAUUCUCAAUCGUUUCAGGAUCGUAACGUCCGUGUCCGUUACACGACCGCCGAACUAUCGGUGCCCAUUAAAAUCAUGGAACACGCAGAAUUGCCUGUCGUUAACGAAUGGAACAAUUUAAAGGACGAACUCAAAGCGACGUCAACUGAUUUGGAAACUACAAAAACAAAUUUGGCCUCAACGAGAACGGAAUUGAGCAGCACCAAGUCGGCCGUUGCUGAUUUGGUGACCAAAUUAAAUGGUAAGAAUAUUUUAAAUGAAUUGUUUUAUGAGACACGAUUAAAAGAAUUGAAUUUGAAUUUAACAACAGCCCGAACGAGUGAAUUAGUCGACAUUGGCCAAAUGCCAACCUCGUGUGCGGAUCUGCAACGAAUGGGACAUAAACUGAGCGGAUUCUUUUCCGUAAAAGGAUCAAAGAAGAUGGAAAUGAUUUACUGCAACUUUUUUGCUAAUCAAAAUGACAAACAGAAAUGGAUCGGAUACGCCGAUGUCAAAUCGGCGCCCGUCAAUUUCUACGUCCAGAGAAAUUCGCCAUUUAAAACAGAAAACACACCGAUUCCAUUCGAUUUGGCGGUGGUGAACGAGGGAAACGCCAUGGAUUUGACAUCGGGGAAAUUCACGGCACCGCGACCGGGAAUUUAUUUCUUCUCUUUCGCGGGAGUGGGGUAUCUCAAUGAUUCACCACCGGCUAAUUUUUAUUCUCGUCUUUAUUUGAACGCGAAUAUAAUCGGGUCGAGUCAUGUUACAGAGUAUAACGUCCCCGUUAAUCAAUCAAAUCCGUUGACCCUCCAGUCGACGCUGAACUUGAAAAAAGGCGAUCGAGUCUGGGUGCAAAUUGGUUAUACUGGUAAAUCGUAUUUGUAUGACAACAGUUGGCACUACACCCAUUUCACGGGUUUCAUGUUGGAGGAGGAAAUUGCGGAGUCCCUUUGAGGUUCAACUUCAUCGGCGACACGAAACAUUUUC